UUGAUUGUAUACACCUGUGUCCAUGGAGGGGAUUGGAACACCUGAAUCACAUGAUUGUGAGAAGAUUGGAACACCUGAAUCACAUGAUAUGGAGGGGAUUGGAACUCCUGAAUCACAUGAUAUGGAGGGGAUUGGAACUCCUGAAUCACAUGAUUGGGAGGGGAUUGGAACACCUGAAUCACAUGAUAUGGAGGGGAUUGGAGCACCUGAAUCACAUGAUUGGGAGGGGAUUGGAACACCUGAAUCACAUGAUUGGGGAGGGGAUUGGAACACCUGAAUCACAUGAUGGGAGGGGAUUGGAACACCUGAGUCACAUGAUUGGGAGGGGAUUGGAACACCUGAAUCACAUGAUUGGGAGGGGAUUGGGGACCUGAUAUUGGGAUUGGGACACCUAAAUCACAUGAUAUGGAGGGGGGUGG